AUGGACGAUGGUAGUGAUGAUGGUCAAGCCUCAGAGUCCCUGGACUUGUUCCAGGAGCCUCCAGAUUUCUACCAGCCGGACAAACCAGCAACCUUCACCAACUACACCUUGAAAAAUGGUCACACCGUCACUCUUCGCCUCGUUGGACAUAGUCCUCUUUGGGGCCAUUUGCUUUGGAACGCCGGGCAGGUCAUUUCUCAGUACUUAGAAGAUAACGCCAGACAGCUGGUGGAAGGGAAAGCAAUUCUGGAAUUAGGUGCUGGUGCUGGCCUCCCUGGUCUGGUUUCAGCCAUAUUAGGAGCCAGAAAAGUUGUCGUGACUGAUUAUCCAGAUCUUGAGUUGAUUGUGAACCUACGCUAUAACAUUCAGCACUGCGAUGCCAUCGAAAACAAGUCCGCCAUUGUCGCCGAAGGCUUUCUCUGGGGGAACUCUGCAGACUCCUUGAAGGCCCACAUUUCGCCAGCUGCCGGGUUUGAUCUCUUGAUUCUCGCUGACAUUCUCUUCAAUCAUUCGGAGCAUGCGAAACUUCUCUGCACCCUCCGAGAUUGUUUGAAGAAGACCAUGGACGCCGUAGCACUGGUGUUUUUCACACCCUAUCGACCUUGGUUGCUUGACAAAGAUCUGCAUUUCUUUGAGCUGGCACGUGCCGACGGAUUUGUGGUCAAUAAAAUCCUAGAGCGCACGAUGGAUAGGGUGAUGUUUGAAAAUGAUCGAGGGGAUGAAGAACUCCGGAAAACAGUCUUUGGGUAUGAAGUGAGGUGGCAGCCGUGA